CGAUGUGCACUAGUCACUGUGUGUAACUUUCGGGUGUCGUUCCAGUCGUAAGACAUGAACGUGCUGUCACGCCUUUGUACUGAAGCGUUUUUUUAGUGUUGGAUUUGAGUGCACAAAACAAUCGACAGAUAUCAGACUAUGAGAGAAAAGCUCCGGUUUCCUCAGUUUCUAUGAGGAACUACCGCAUCCACUACAACUCUGUCGCCAGCCAAUGAACCGCCGCCGUUCACGCGCUUGUUUUUUCCCCGGGAUUUUGUCUGUCAGGCAGACAGGCACACGCUGUUCUCAGGCCAUAUACCGUCCACAGAGAUGUCAACAAAUCGGAAAGCCUUGUGUUUAAAGUGCUAGGUUGUACCAGACGAUCCGGGCCGGGGGCAGGAUUGGACACGCGAUAUUUUAAUCCCAGUUUACCGAAGCGGAAUUUGUGCCUGCGGACUGUACGCAGGGAAAACUAGAUAUCACGCGAUGCAGUGAAGGCAUUGGCUCACAGUAAUGGCGGGGCUUUGUAAAGACUGAUAGCUGGAGCAGCGGCGUGUCUAAUAUGUAACGCUGUUUUUAUGAGAUACACCGAUCACGAUCGGAAACAUACAUGAUACCGAGAACGUUAAUGGGAAAGCAAAGACGCGUAUCAGUGAAAAUGGACUGAAAAGGUGGUUGACGGCGAGACUUUAAUAGCUUGUCCGGUAGCAGUCGUCCGGUAGCGCUAGCCAAAGCGAAGCGCGCCGCGUUGUCGUUCACUUCCAGCCUCAGAGCGGAAUCGAGAUGAGCUCUUCGCGGGAGAUAAAACAGCUGCAGAAAGCGAAGAGCAAAGCCCAGAACUGUAGCAACUUAAGAGAGGAGGCGAGCAUCUGCAACCAGCUAGGAGAGCUGCUGUCCAGAAAUGGUGAUUAUGAGGCUGCCAUUAGGGAGCACCAGCAGGAGCUGGCGCUCUCUGAGGUGCUGAAUGACGUGAUUGGACGAGCUGUGGCCAGUCGUAAGAUAGGAGAGUGCUAUGCAGAGAUGGGAAACAUUGAGGCUGCCUUGAAAUACCAGCAGUGUCACCUGGACUUGGCUCGCUCUGUUAGAGAUCACGCAGAGGAACAGAGGGCGCUGGCUACUAUUGGUCGAACCUACCUCUUCCGUUAUGAAUCAGACCAGUCGAGGAGCAGUUUAGAGCGAGCAGAGGAGGCCUUCAGGAAGAGCCUGGCCAUUGUGGAUGAUCGUCUAGAAGGGGCAGUGCCAGGGCGAGAGAUUACUGAGAUGAAGGCUCGCCUGUUCCUCAAUCUUGGUCUGGUCUGUGAUCAUCUGGGGGAGCCCAAACGCUGCAGCGAGUUUAUCCGACGAAGCGUCUUUAUUGCUGAGAAGAGCCAGCUGCUGGAGGAUCUCUACCGUGCAAACUUCAACCUGGGCAACAUCUGCUUUCGUAACGGUCAGAAAUCGAAUGCUGUGCGCUGCCUAGAACAAGCUAAAGACUGUGCCAGAAAGAUUAAAGACAAGUUCAGUGAGAGCGAGUGCUUUCACUGCAUCGGCAAGGUGCAGCUGUCUCUAGGUGAUUUUGUAGCAGCUAGACGAUCCCUGAAGAAAGCUCUCUUGCUGGGUUCCCAGCAGCCCCUGGACAGGCAGGCAGUGAAGAAAGCUUUCAAAUAUGCUGACCAGGGCUGUAAAUUGGAGGAAGAGCUUGGGGAGGAUCAGGGCAAAAGACUCAGCUCCUAUCAGGCCGUGGAGCUGGUAGAACAGCUGGGGGACCUCUACUGCAAAGUUGGCUGCUACAGCAAAGCUCUGGAUGCCUAUCAAGCUCAGCUCAAGGGCGCUGAGGCACUGGGAAAGGCUGCCCGGGAGCUGGCUGUCAUCCAUGUGUCCCUGGCUGCGACCUACACAGACCUGAGAGAGCACAGCAAGGCAGUGGAACACUACAGACAGGAGCUGGCUUUACGACAGGGCAGCUCCUCUGAGGAAUGUAGCACUUGGCUGAACAUUGCCACAGCUCAGGAGGAGAGCGGCUGUGCCUUCCAGGACAUAGACAGCAGCUACAGUAUGGCUUUACGCUGCGCUCAGAAGUCUGGGCAGGCCAGACUACAGAAACGUGUUUUGAGGUUCUGGUUGGCGUCCCAGAGACGGAGCGGCUCAUUGGAUGCUGAUGACACUGAGGCGCGGCUGCAGGAGCUGUGUGCUGCAGAGGGCUGGAGUCCAGAUGGGAGUGAUGGUGAGGAGGACGAAGAGGAGGAGAUGGACAACAGUGAACCUCUGGAUGACAGUGACGUCGUCCUCUCAGAUUCAGAUGAUGAUUUUGAGGGUUAUGACAAGAUGGUGUCAGGAAGGAGGAAGGCAGGAAGGUGGAACAAGAGGAAUGAGAAGGGGGAGACGUCUCUGCACAGAGCAUGUAUAGAUGGAAACCUGAAGCAGGUCCAGUAUCUGGUAGAACAGGGUCACCCAGUGAACCCCAGAGACUACUGUGGUUGGACUCCCCUGCAUGAGGCCUGCAACCACGGUCACUAUGACAUUGUAGCUGUGCUGCUGGAGCGCGGCGCUAACAUCAAUGACCCUGGUGGACCCUUAUGUGAAGGAGUGACUCCUCUUCAUGAUGCCCUUGCUUGUGGCAAUUUAAAAGUUGCAAGGCUCUUGGUGGAACGAGGGGCUUCUGUCACCCUACGCAACUCCAGGGGUGAGACGGCUGUGGACACCUUGCGUCAGUGGCAGAGGAUGUACAGCAGAGAGCUGGACAAGGACACCAAACAGGAGUGUAUGAUUACAGAGAGACUGCUGAGGAAGGCACUAGCAGGGGGAGUGCCCGCUCCUCCAGCCCCAGCCAAGCCUUUCGAUGCCCUGCAGGACAGCCAGCUGUUUGAUGCUGAGAGCUCAGAACCGCUCUCGCCCUCUGGAGGGGGCUGUUUCACCAGCCAAGACUGGCCUGAAAACAACAGGAACUCAGAGGUGAAGGCAGUACCUGCCAGUCCCAAACGGUGGCAGAGCACUUCUUCAACACAGCGGCACAGAGCCAGAGGAACAGAGGCUGCUAUUCUGUAUGGGAAUAACAGCAGCUGCUCAGAUGACAGCGACUCCGACUGCCCCGUCAGUCCUCUCCGUCCCGUACGUCCUAGACACAGUUUCCCACCGGCCCCGAGUCAAAAGGAAGUUCCACCAAACAAAGAAACCACCUCCAUCCCUACCUCGGGCCGAGAGAGUAUCAGAGAGGCUCCCGCGCCGUCUGUCUUUGCACAAGAGGAGUACCACAGCGCCAUUCGAAGCUUGGGCAGUGCCAAAACUCUUCUCCAGGGUCUGUCACAGCCCCAGUUCUGCAGCACACCCGCUGUAUCCUCCAGCAACAAAUCAGCUCUGGUUCCCGAGGAGGACUAUCUGGCUGAUGAAUGGCUAGAGGACGAUUUGGGGGAAAUUCAGCCGAAGAAGAGGAGGAGGCUUCGAGUAGGGGAGAACGGGAUGAGAGGGGAGGACGCUGCCUCAUUUUCAGCAGCCAGAAGUCAAAACAGGCACUUAAACUCCGACUCGGCCUGUAGAGGUUCUGCAGUUCCCUCCUCCUCCAGCAGGAGUCUCUCUCUGAAAAAGAAUGGCUCUCUGAGGCCCCACCAGGUCAAGAUGACUCAGAUGCCUGGGAUGGUGAGGUUGGGCAGACGAGAGGUCAACAGGUCACACAGCCCCACCGUUACAGACGAUGGCUACACGAGACCCGAGACGCCUCCACCACCGCCACAAAUACACAUGCAGCCUCCAGCUCAUACAUUGGCUGCUCCCAUGCCCACAUCACUGCCUCCGCCAAUCAGAAUGAGGGUCAGAGUUCAGGAAGAUGUUUUCCUCAUCCCAGUUCCACAAAGUGAGGCAGACUCCUGCACUGUGUUGUGGCUGUGUGAGCAGGCCGCUCAGCGUUACUACCAGAAAUGUGGCCUCCUGCCUCGUCUCUCGCUGCAGAAAGAAGGCGCUCUUCUCUCCCCGCAGGACCUGCUGCUGGCUGUCCUGCACACCAAUGAAGAGGUUUUGGCUGAAGUGUGCUCCUGGGAUCUCCCUCCCCUCCCUGAGCGUUACAAAAAGGCCUGUCACAGCCUGGCAGUGGAUGAGAACAAGCGUGUCACCCGGCUUUGUGAGGUGCAGGAUGGGAGCUCCUCUGUAUCGCUGUGUGGCCUCAGCUUGGCCGCCUCUUCCCUCAACCCGCUGCUUCGUGCCCUCAAACUCCAGGCCAGCCUCACUGAGCUGCGUAUUUCUGGCAACCGCCUCCACGACAGCCUUCUCCCCGAGCUGGUUGCCACAGCCAUCACCAUGCCCCGGCUUCGGCUGCUCGACGUUUCUGCCAAUCACAUUACAGAGGAAGGGCUGAAGAAGGCAGUAAACGCUUUAAUGGGACAGAGCCAUCCUGCGUUUCCGUGCCUGGAGGAGCUUAAUCUCAGCAUGAACCCUCUGGGAGACAGUGUGUCAGAGUCCCUGUCCUGUCUCCUUUCCUGCUGCCCUCUGAUGGCCAAGCUGUCUCUGCAGGCCUGUGGCCUCACUGCUCGUUUCCUGCAGCAGCAUCGACUGCUGCUAGCCAGCGCUCUGACAGGCACCGGCCACUUGAAAUCAGUGGAUCUCUCCCACAAUGCAUUGGGCUCCACUGGCUUUGAGCUGGUGUUGAAGACUCUGCCUCUUCACUGCCUCACACACCUGGACCUGUCUGCCGUCCGCAGGGGUCCUGCUGAUUUCCCGGCACUUGAACACCUCACCAAAGUCCUGUCACAGGGGGACUGUUCACUGACUCACCUGAGUCUGGCGGCCAACGGGUUGACGGACAGCAGCAUUGCCACCUUUGCCAGGUGCCUGCCUUCAUGUCCAUCUCUAGUUAGUCUAAAUUUUUCAGGAAACCCGUCUGUCACCUCAGCAGGAUUUCACAGCAUCCUGAACUCUCUCAAAGAGGCCUCUCGACCUUUGACCCUUCUAAACCUUGAAGGUUGUCAGGUGUCGGGCCCCUGGGACAGUGCAGGUCUGGAUGGUUUGUCAGAGCUGGUCAAGGAUCUCCGUCUUUGCUCUCAGGGACUCAACAAGCUGGACAGGCAGGCUCUAAAGCACAGCUGGGACAACGGUCAGCCACAUGGACACUUCGUAGACCGGAACGCCAAGUGCCUGCUCGCUGCUGCGGCGUCCUCAUGAGAAGGGGAAAAAUGAAAUCUGCUGCAUGAUUUUGUUCAGGCCGCAAACUUAAAUCUUCAAAAGGACUGCGCUAAAAAAAUAACCAGUGACAGACCAUCCAUGGACACUCUGUGAAUAGCUCAUGUUUCAUGUAUUUUGUACGCCUUUAUUUAUGUGUAAGUCUUACGUACAUAAAGUUUGUCAGCAAUGUGUUUGUGUUGUCAUCCACCUUUGUCCUCAACCCACCGAAUUAUCGUAUGAUUUGAAGAAAAGAAAAAAAAAAAAAGAAACAUUAAAGUGACUCAUAAUGCUUUUCUUUCAGUGGCCCAUUUUUAAUCUAUCAAGAAAAAUGUUCUGGUUCAUAUAUAUCCAGAAUAACACUUGUUUUACCCACCUCUUUAAGUCAAUAUCAGACAUAGUUUUCCACAUAAACCGUGCGGUUUCACACAUCACUGCUAAGAAUGUCAGCUUGUAGUUGCGGCAGCUUCACCACUUAACCACUUUGAUAGCUUUUUGCAAAAAGCUGUCUGAGACAAGCUGUGAUAAGAGAGGGUUUACUCUUGCCUACAAAGCUUUUGUCUGAGUAUUGCAGGGUUGUCAAUUAGAGGGUCAAAAAAAAAAAGUUGUCCUUGGAGAAUAGGGAAGUCCAGGGGUGCCAACAUUAAAAUCAUUUAUUUUGAUUGAACUUUAAUGCUCCAUAUGUUUUUGUACGAUUUAUGGCAAAAUUACAAUUUGAUUAAUCCAAUUUUUAUUCUCAUGU